AGCCGGAGCCGUCCUCCACAGCUAAGCAAGAGAAAGAUGAAGGGCGGGCGCUGCACCUCCAGCAGUGCGGCCCCCCCUCCUUUUAUACCUUCCUCGGCGGUCUUCCCUUCAUCCGGCCCCCAUCUCCCGCUGCCCCAAUCACCCGGACAUCCUAAGCGCGAUCCGUGCUCCCAACGUCCAUCAGCAAAAAAGCGAAAGAAAUGGUCAGUUAUGUCCGGGAUCCGUCUUACACGGCCAGAUUGGCGAGAUAUGGCAAAGGGAUGGCGAAAACUGGUAGAGAAUCGCCAGGUAUGAUCUGCAAUGGCCGGACCUUGCGGGGCGCUUGAACACUGAUUGUCACUUCUGGCUGAGUGUAUGGUCUUCGGGUACCGUACUGCAGCAGAAAUCUGGCCAAUAUUGUACAUUUUUGACUAGGUCAAUGAACAUAGAUGGUCAAUGUUUGGUGUCAUUCCUGCCAUGGAUGCCCAGGCUCACACUACGGAGCGGUCAUUUAUCAUGCUGAACUAGCCAACAGAAUUAUCACAUAAUCGAGUAUGUAAUUUUGA